GAUUAACACAGCUGAGGUUGAGCGGGUUUAAUGCCGAAGGGCUGUAACUGCAGAGCGGUCGCACUGGUUUUAACUUAGCGACUAUACAGUUUUUAUUUAAGAAGUUUGACCUCCUGUCAGAGCUUUGAAAUGGAAGACGCGAGUGGGGUUGACAUAAUGGAUAUCUGUGAAUCUAUCAUGGAAAGAAAGCGCCACGACAGCGAGCGCUCCGCCUGCAGCACGCUGGAACAGAACGAUUUCGAGGCGGUAGAGGCUCUUCUGUGUAUGAGCUCCGGGGGGCAGAGGGCGCAAAGGCAGGACCAGUUCAGGGCGAGGCCGCUCACCCCAGCCUCGGAUUCUUGUGACUCACUAAUUCAGACAGAGACCCUAGUGGAACUACAGAAGGACUUCGUUUUGUGUUCAUCGCUGUGUAUGACACCACCACACAGCCCUAACUCUGCUGAGGCAUCCACAGCCACCUCAAUCCUUACAUCUUCACCGUUGAGUUUUUUUGUACCAAAAACUGUCAUUGUAAACUCAGGCAUUUGCUCAACUGGUUUAUCAAGCAGCACCGUAUCUGGCUGUGCGAGGCCUGCUCUGGUAGAUUUCACAGCGUGUUCCACCCAGAAGUCACCCCAGCAACAGACUGCUUCCCGUCCCUGCAGAGCCAUGGCAACCAGCGUAAUACGUCACACUGCUGACAGCUCCCCUUGCCAGCACAUUCCUUCAGCAGAGCAGCACCAGCAGCACAGCAAACAUACCGUCUUAAAGACUGUACAGGACUGCGUGAGAAAUCCUGCUCCAAACGAAAUGCAUUCUGUGUCUUGUUCAGAAAAGCAGGACCAACAGAAAUUGCCUGCACUAGCACCGUCCUCAGUAGUGCCAGAACACAGCAGGGGAACUGAAAAUAAAAUUACAGCCAGCCCCAUGCCUUCUGUUCCUGUGGCUAGCCCUCCUGUAAUCUGCCAAAUGAACCAUGCAGGCAGUCAUGCUGGAAAUAUACCCACUUUCAUCCAGACUGCACAGGCACAGCCAAGUAGGGUCAAACCCAUUUUACCCCAGAUGUCUCCUUUUUCACAGCCAUUCCUUAUGGGAGGCCAAGUGGUACCACAAGGCACUGUCAUGUUUGUCCUUCCACAGUCCCAUGUUGGACCACUUCCUCAGUGCCCACAAACCGUAAUGACCCUUGGGAACACAAAGUUACUGCCCCUGGCUCCUGCGCCAGUCUUCCUGCCUUCAGGUCCCAGCUGUACAUCGCAGGUGGACUUUUGUCGGAGACGGAAUUAUGUUUGCAACUUCCCAGGUUGUAGAAAGACCUAUUUCAAAAGUUCCCACCUCAAAGCACAUCUUCGCACUCACACAGGUGAAAAACCGUUCAGCUGCAAUUGGGAAGGCUGUGAUAAAAAGUUUGCACGCUCCGAUGAGCUGUCACGCCACCGUAGGACUCACACCGGAGAAAAGAAGUUUGCGUGCCCCGUGUGUGAUCGACGCUUCAUGCGCAGCGACCACCUGACAAAACAUGCUCGCCGUCACAUGACCACCAAGAGAGUUCCGAACUGGCAAACUGAAGUGGGAAAACUGAACAGAAUAACCACAGAGAAGCACUCUGCUUCAAACCGCGUUCUUCCCCUAGGUGUGCUUGCUCCUGCUUCAAAAUAACCCAUCCGCUUACAUAUGCAAGUUGGUAGGAGUCUGGCGGUUUGUUGUAAAGAAAGACUGCUACUAGCUUAUGGAAAGCAGACCUUGCACUGAACUUGCUUAUCGAUUUUUAAAGGAAAAAUGUGCUGUGUUGUAAAUAAUCUUGCAAAAAAGAUUGCACUCUUUUGCCAAAGACUUUGUGUGAAGUCCUCGUCUAUGUAUGGAUGUCUCAAUGUAUGUAUCUGUGUAUAUCUAUAUAUGAAAGUAUGUACUGAAUUGCAUUUAUUAAUUGGAAUAUUUUUACGCAAAUGUUAAAAUGCUAUGAUUAUGUAAAAGAUUCACUGUGGUUAUGUACUGUAUCACUUUACAUGAUAUUUAAUAAACAUUUU